AUGAGGCCCUUGAACAAGGACGAAAGCUGGAAGUUGUUUACCAGUGUGUUCACUCCCCCGUAUCCAGCGGAAGAAAGGACAGUAAUGCUGGGGGAAAUGGUAAAAUCUUGUGAAGGCGUGCCACAACUUAUCAAGGAACUUGCCUUUUACUUGGGACCUAAACAAGCGGAGGAGUGGGAGAUAGAGUAUAAAAAUAUCCAAGAGCAUAUGUAUCCGCGUUCUUUUGUACGGUUUAUAUUCUCUGAAGAUCAACAAAUAGAUACUGAGAAGUUGUUUCAUUUUUGGAUGAUUGAAGGUUUUUUAUCCACAAGACGUGUUAGAGGGGAGAGAAUGAUGGAAGAACUGGCACAUAUUAACAUCGUAAAGUUGCAAGAAGAGCAAGUUCCCACUAAAAAGAAGUUUAAGGCUUACAACAUUGUUAGAGGAAUAGAAAACUUACGUGUCUCAUGGGGUGAACAAAACCUUUUUCUCAAAAUUGUUGAUUUAAGAAAGAAUAAUUGUUCGCUCUCAUCAGAAAUAUUACCACCUCGACUUGUCAUAUAUCUGGGUAACCAUGGACUUGCUGUUGCUCAUGAAGUUGUUGAAAACGUUCGGAGUCUUCGAGUUGUUGGCGGAAACAAGAAGCAACAAGAAGAAGAACGAAUUUGUCCGAUUGAAGUGCUUAAUCUUAAGUAUUUCAGAGUGCUCAGGAUUCUUGACUUUGAUGAGAUUGAUUUUCAAGGUCAACAACUACCGGGGGUAUAUCUGAUCUGUUGCAGACGUGCUACGGAAGAUGAGGAAACUAAAACAUUUAUAUCUUCCAUUGAAGUUUCGGACUCAGAGAGAAGGAGAAAAUUGCGAUUAGAUAGCUUGAAGGAACUUGAAACCCUCGAGAACUUCAAUACAAGUGUGUGCAAAGUUAACGAUGUCUACGAAUUUCCCAAGCUCCGGUACUUGGCUGCAAAUGUGGAAGAGAAUUAUGAGGACUUCAUGUCAAUCACCAGUUACAUGCAAACUACUUCAAACAAUUGCCUUUGUGCUGCCAUUAAUAUCAUUGAUAUGAAUUGCUACGCAGUGGAAAUGCAUUCAGUUCUACAAGAAUUCUUACGGUGUAAAGUACUUCAAACCUUGCACUUCAAAGGACAUAUUGGCCAUCUACCACCAUAUGAUGAAAUCUCCCAAAAUUUCACACAGUUUCUUAAUAAUUCUCAUCUUAAAAAAGAUCCCAUGCCAACUUUGGAGAAGCUUCUGAAUUUAGGGGUUCUGGUCCUCUCUGAUGACGCUUACAUGGGGAAGAAAAUGGUAUGCUCCGCUUCAGGUUUCCCUCUGCUCAAACAUUUAGGAUUCAUGAAUUUGCACUUACUGGAGAAAUUUGAGGUGGAAUGUACAGCCAUGCCUAUAGUUUCUUUCCUAAAAAUCACAAAGUGCAAGACAUAUGAUCUUGUCAUCCCUAAUUGUCUGAUAGACCGUUGUUCCAACCGCCAACUCAAAAUCUCCCUCAGCUAG